AUUGUUAAAAUUUAAAAGUAAAAAAAGCUUCCGUUGAAUGUCACAUAUAAUUAGAAAUUAUUCGCGCAUCGCAUUGCAUCUGUAUUAAUUAUUUUUACGUACCUACCUACGCAAUAACGCAUUCAUUAUUAUUAUGGAAUCAAAUCAUAUUGACGCAAACGUGGUAGGAUAAUUUUUAUUUAUAUAUUAUUUAAAGCAUAUUUCCUUGUGUCAGUGAACGCACCCGAUUUUGAUAUUCGCUCAUUCAAGUCGAGCAUCAAUCACCACACGAGUUAUUGAAUCAAAGUUAAAAACUUCUGUGGGUUUCGUUAAUUCAACUUAAACAAUUACUAGGGGAUUAUUAAAUUGAAAACUAUUUAAGUUAUUGUAAAACAAUGACUGACGUGGCGAAAAAGGUCCAAGACUACAAAGAUUCACUCAAACAAAAGGCUGAACACCUUAUAAUAAAAGGAUUCCCAGAAAAAAUAGUAAAGUUGAAUGAACUUCUAGAAACACCAAACUUCCAAAAUAGAGAUUUAGUUGAUGUUCAUCAGGAUUUAAACAUUCCAGUGCCACCCCCAGCACAAGCCGCCAACGAGCCCAAUGCUAAAAGGCCAAGAGUGGAUUCAUCAGAAGUUUCCAGCAAUUCUACAAUAGAAGGAACGAGGGUGUAUGCGCUUCCCAAUGGUAGUGUCCCUUGUAAUAAGCCUCUUUGUGACCUUAUCCACCUUGUAAAACCUCACAUCAGGGAACUUAUUGAGGAUUCAAACUUGCUUAAAAUGUGGAUUUCAUUUAUGAUUCCUAAAAUUGAGGAUGGCAACAACUUUGGGGUAUCAAUACAAGAAGACACAUUAGCAGAGGUACAAUCAGUUGAGUCCGAAGCAGCGGCAUUCUUUGAUCAAAUCUCAAGAUACUUCAUAUCAAGAGCAAAAAUUGUUUCAAAAGUCGCCAAAUAUCCACACAUUGAUGACUAUAGAAGAGCUGUUAGAGAACUGGACGAGAAAGAGUACAUCUCUCUAUGGCUUGUCAUGUGCGAGAUUCGUAACCGCUACUGCUCACUACAUGACAUAGUCAUAAAAAAUCUGGAGAAAAUAAAGAAACCCCGUUCCUCAAAUGCAGAAUCAUUAUAUUAGGAUAUAAUUUUAAUCUCAAUUGUAAUAUUAGUCACGCAAGGAUCCCUUGUGAAUUUAAGGAUAAUUCUAAAGCUAUCUUGUUUUUUAUUCACUAGGCAAUUCUCUGUAUAAUACAUAUUACUCUUCCGAUUAAAGCAAUAAUUAAAAUGGGAGACCAAGCAAACUUUCUCUUUCUUAUUUUAUCAUUGGGAAGUGUUCGAAAGAGAUGGAAUGAUGGUCAUUGCCGUGUACAGUAUCUUUAUUAAAGAAGGAUAUAACAAUAGAAGCUUGAUCAAUAUCAAAACAGGAGCACAAACUCAAGGGCACUUAUCAAGUAUUGUUUUAUAAUACAGACUCAAUUUUUUGUUUGGAAGAAAAUAAAUUAAAAUACACAGUUGGAAUUUUAUUACGAUUUUUAAUAGUAUAAUUAAUUUUGAGUAUUAUAACAAUAGAUUCAGAAUGUGUUUGUAAUUACAAAAGCUGUUGUUAAUUCAAAUAUUUUCUAGUGGGUUAAAAAUGAGAUGCUUAUGUUAUAUCAUAGUUUUGUAGCCAUUAUCAUAAAAUUGAAAACAUUUUAUUGCCUUAAAAAGGUGAUAUUUAUAACGUUAAAGUAAUUUCGGAUACAUUUUAUAGAAUAUGAAUUUUCAACCAUGAGUAAAUAAACACAAUGGACUCAAAUGGAUAUCACUGAAAAAAAUUUUUUUCACCAUGAGACUGAUAAAGGCUUUUUAAAAAUUUUUUUUUAUAUAUAAUUUUUUUGUUAUACAUACCUACUUACAUAAAAAAUAUUAGCUGCUACAAAACUCUUAUAUGACACCAACCAAUGAUGCCCAUUUAUUCCUUGUAAACUUAGUGUAAGUGCUUACUAUUGUAUUAUCUGUUUCAACUUAAUUUAUUUAAUAUUGAUAAAAUUGAGUUAAGUGCCUAAUCGGAAAAUAUUUCCACAUUGACAUUAAAAAUAUAGCUGUCACAUGUUCCAUAGAUAUGUUCAUGAUCAAGAUUUACAAAAUUGCAAUAAAUACAUUUGUAUGAAUGUGAA